AGAUUUUUUGUGGUUGUGGGAAAGGUUAUCUUUCUCUCUACCACUCAUUAAUGGAUACCCCAUCUAGCAUAGCACUUCUUGUUCUUCAGCUCAUGAUCACAAUCAUACUCCAUCAAGCCGUUCAUAGAUCAUAUGCUGUACUAGAUCAUGAUCAUCAUCUUGAUCAGAGUUGUUCUUCUUCUUGUGGAAAUCUCCAUAACAUAACCUACCCUUUUCGCCUCGAAACCGAUCCCCCCACCUGCGGAAGCCAAUUCCACGGUUUUCAUCUUUCUUGCAAGAAAAACCGUACCAUAUUUAACAUAAGAAACGAAAAAUAUAAUGUUAACGAAGAAUAUCAUGUUCAGACAAUCAACUACCACAACUACACAAUUAGAGUUGUGUCCUCCAAUGUUGAGAAGGGUAAUUGCGCUUCGAUCCCGUCUUCUUCUUUGUCCGCGAGAGAUAUUCCAUGGAUCUACUCCUAUUCAAUUAAAGUUGUGUCCUCCAAUGUUCGGACUGAUCACUACAUUCCCAUGGCACUAAAAUUCUUGACAUGUGAGAAGGAUGAUUGCUCCUCUAUCCCUUUCUAUACCUCCUCAAAAUCUGUUUUUGGCAUUUUUGUUUUGGACGUCAAAGCCAAUCCGAAAUUCGAAACAGAAAUUAGGCUCGGACGAAAUGAAGAACGACGCCAAAUUUCGGAGACUAUAACAUUCUUGAGCUGUGGAAAACCAGUGCUUAACAAUCCUUCUUAUAUAGACACAUCUCCUUGCAUAAACAGCUCUGCUUUCUCUGCAAAAAACAAAGGUAAUAACUACUCCUAUGUGCUAUACGGUAAUGGAUUCAAGUUUUCGGAUAUGGAGGAGUCUUGCCAAGUAUAUCACAAAGCGGUCGUGCCGUCGAGGAAGGGAGACGCCCGGAAGAAGAUCACUUCCUAUGAGGACAUCCACAAUGAGCUUAGCUAUGGAUUCGAGCUUUCUUGGGUCCAGAUUUUCCAAGAAGGCAGUCGUGAUCGUUGCUAUGUUGAUGAAAAGCGCUCCAACAACGUUUACUGCCUUUCAAACGGAUUUUGUUCAUCACAAUUCUGCAGCAUUGUUCUACCACUUCUGCUAUCGCAUCUCAAGUUAAUUACGUAUUGGUUAUUGGUACAAAGAUUGCUUGCAGCUCCACUUUUAAUUGCGCUUAUUGUCUAUAUGUGGAAAAGGCGACACAAAUCGGAAUAUGGUGGCAUUGAAGCAUUUCUCCAGAGUCCUAAUAACCUCAUGCCUAUACGAUAUACAUACUCUGAGGUCAGAAAGAUGGCCCAAGGCUUCAAGACAAAGUUAGGCGAAGGUGGCUUUGGUUCUGUAUAUAAGGGAAAGCUUCGUAGCGGCCGGUUUGUAGCGAUCAAGAUCUUGGGUAAAUCCAAAUCUAGCGGACAAGAUUUUAUGAAUGAAGUUGCUACCAUUGGAAGGAUUCACCAUCACAACGUUGUGCGACUAAUUGGCUUUUGUGUUGAGGGUUCAAAGCGUGCUCUUAUAUGUGAUUUCAUGCCUAAUGGAUCUUUAGAAAAGUACAUCUUUUCAGGAGGAGAAAUAAGCAACUCCAUAAGUUUUGAGAAAACAUUUGAGAUCUCCCUUGGAAUUGCUCGUGGCAUUGAGUAUCUUCAUCGAGGAUGUGACAUGCAAAUUCUACAUUUCGACAUUAAACCUCAUAACAUUCUUUUAGAUGAGAAUUUUAUUCCCAAGGUUUCUGAUUUUGGGCUUGCAAAAUUAUGUCCCUUGGAUAAUAGUAUUGUGUCCAUGACCGCGGCAAGAGGAACAAUAGGAUACAUAGCUCCGGAGUUGUUUUACAAAAACAUUGGAGGAGUUUCUUACAAAGCUGAUGUCUAUAGCUUCGGAAAGCUGUUGACGGAAAUGGCAAAUAAAAGGAGUAAUGCAAAUGCAAAUGCAAACGCUGAAGAUUCAAGUGAAGAAACCUACUUUCCGUUAUGGAUAUAUGACCAAAUUAGUAAAGGGAAAGACGUGGAAAUAGAAGAUGCCACGGAGGAGGAAUUGAAAACUGUAAAGAAGAUGAUCAUAGUGGCAUUGUGGUGUAUACAAUUGAAGCCGUGUGAUCGCCCCUCGAUGAACAAAGUCAUAGACAUGUUGGAAGCUGAAUUUGAAUCUUUACAAAUGCCUCCAAGGCCCUAUCUAUAUCCACAAGAUGACCAUAAUAAUGCAGGGGAAGCUUUGGAGACGUCAAAUACAGAAAGCUCAUCAACGAACCCAGAAGAGGACUCUCCAGAAAUUAGUUUCAUCUCAAAUGCACACCAAGGACUUGUGAGUUUUCAAGCAUGGGAUAGAUAGUUCUGAUCAUUCCACCUUAAUAAGUUCAAAUAUCUGUAACUUUUGCUAUGCUUUGUAGAUUUUUAUCUCUUAAUCUACUUUUAUAACACCUACUUUUGAAUUUUUCUGGUGCAUGCGUUCAAU